ACGAGCCGCGGGGCUGCAGCCUCCUCACAGACACCGCUGCGGCUGCUUCCUGCUCCAGAGCGGAGCGGAGGAAGGGAGGAUCAACCUUGGAGAAGGACGAAGCAGCCCGGGCUGGUCGGAUGGUUUCAGCCUGUGCAUGACUUCCAGCGGCGGAGGAAGGACAGACCGUCCGCGGUGAGCUUCACGAGACGUAAACAUUGCCAUGCCCUGCUUCAUGCACCACCUCCUCUGAUCGUCUCCUCCUCCUCCUCUGGGAUCUGUUUUGGAGGAUAACAGCAGAGGAGAGUGAGAAUAUAUCGCUGCUGUCGAAGGUAAACAUGUUGGGGAGGUGCUGAAGUUGUGUUUGGGAUAGGAGGCUGCAGCGGGCCACGCUCUGCUCCGGAGGGAGGCAUCCUGCAUCCUGACUGUGUCCGUGCUGUGCGGCCAUGCUGCAGGCAGCAUCCUCAGACCUGUUCCCGACCUGAGCUGCACUCUCUGGGAGCAAGUUUACAAAAGCAGAAAACUACACUUCAACUUCUUGAUGUUUUGGAGUGUUGUCUUGUUUCACUCUCUGCUCUGUGUCACUGGGUGAUGAUGAGUAUUGUUCCUGAGCAGUUUGGGAUCUUAUUGCUCUCACUGCUUCACACAUCAGCCCCAAACUGCAGAUGUGAUCAGCUGCAGACAUUUUGAUGAGCAAAGCAUUUCAGACAUUAAUCAGACGUGCCUCUGCAUGACCGCUCUGUGGGACCGGCCUUGUUCUUAUCAAAGUUCACGUUAACGCAGCACCAUGGGCGCCAAGCAGACCAAAGGCCAGGAGCCUGGAGGGGCCAGCCCUCACCACAGCUGGAAGCGAACGCCCACCAAGGAGCGAGGAGACAUCUUGGCCUCCCUCAUGCUGAAGUCAGGGGACCGACUAAGCCGUGGUGGGACGCCGCCGCCCUACCAGCGCCGCAUCGGUAUGAUCCAGGAGAUGAUGCUGAUGGCCAAGCAGGGGAAGCAAGACGAGGCCACGGAGAUGCUGAAGACACUCCGACAGGACCUCGGCAUGGAGUCAACAUCUCUGGAUGACGUGUUGUACCGCUACGCCAGCUUCAGAAACCUGGUUGACCCCAUCACGCAUGACCUGAUUAUCAGCCUGGCACGAUACGUCCACUGCCCCAAGACGGAGGGCGACUCUCUCGGGGCGAUGGAGAAGGUCUGUCGUCAGCUGACCUAUCAUCUCAGCCCCCACUCUCAGUGGAGGAGACAGGGCCUGCUCAAGAGGAAACCUCAGGCCUGUUUGAAGGCGGUGCUGUCGGCCCCUCUGUCCAGCGGAGCAUUGGAUCUGUCCGGUAUCCCUCUGGUGCCUCGGGACAUGGAGCGUCUGUGUGCUCACCUACAGCGCCACGCGUCCAUCGUGGUCAGCCUGGAGCUGGGCUUCACCGAGCUGACGGACGAGGCGUUCCUCCUGCUCCUGCCCACGCUGGCCGCGCUGCCACACCUGGAGACUCUGGCGCUGAACGGAAACAGGCUGACCAGAGCUGUUCUGAAGGAGCUGACGGACGCCCUGAAGGAUCCCGGCAGUUUCCCCAGCGUGACGUGGAUCGAUCUGGGCAACAACGUGGACAUCUUCUCCCUGCCGCAGCCCUUUCUGGUCAGCCUGAGGAAGCGCUGUCCCAAGCAGGGGAACCUCCCCACCAUCCUUGAGUUCGGAGAGAGUCAGGCCAGCGACCCCCCCGAGAGGCUGAGGGGGCUCGGGGAAGAGGAGGAGACGGACGACACCAACCGGACUGAGAGCAUGGGAGAGCUGCGGUCGGAGGUGGAGGAGGAGCUGGACGGAGAGAUGGAGAUAGAGGAGAUGAUGGAGGAGCUGCUGGACUUUGACAGGGAGGUGCAGGGGAAGGAGGAUGAGGACGAGAGCAUGUGGACAGUGGAGGAGCAGAGGAGGCGGGUGAGGAGAGGGGAGGAGAAGAGGGCGGAGAAGGAGGUGGAGAAGGAGGUGCAGAGGAAAGAGCAGCGACGGGCAAAGAAGGCGGUGAUAGCAGACGACGACGACGACACACACAGCCUCUCCUCCCACCUGUCAUGCUCCAGCCAGUCACAACACUCCUCCGGGGCCGUUGAGCCAAUGAGAGUGGAGGAGGAUGACUUAGACGAGGCGACGGACCAAUCGGACCACUUGACCUGAUUGCUGCUCCCUCCUCUGCUCAUGUUUCCCCUCCUGUGUCGAGUCCUGUGUGGAAGGAGGCAAGAGACGACUUUGUCUCCUGCAGAGGAGUGUGCUCAGAGUCAGACAGGCUGCAGCGCUGGAAGGAUGUAAUCCAUACGGACACUGGAUGCUCCGCCCACUGAUCUGAUUUGUGACCAGCCGCCGCGGCGUUUAGAUACUGGCAGAGUGACAGCUGAGCCCGGGCGAGUCCUGGUGACUUUAACACGAGAAGACAAUCCCCAACAGGACGCCUGUUUCAUCGUAACUGUCUGUUUUUAAAGUAGGAUGCUAAUGUAUAGAAUAGACGGAUUAAUCAUAUCACAUGAGGCUUUUAUGUAUAGAAUGUUAAUCUUUAUUCAGGUCCUUUCCUCCUGGUUACCCCGGUGACACCUACAUGUGCCUGUGACACGUCCCGUUACUGGUUAAGAGUGUGUGUCGAGAGAUAGAAGGAGACCAGAAGAUGUAUAAACAGACACACACACACACUAGACAGGGCCCUUAAACCCUUUUAAAAAUAUUUUUGCCAAAAAGUAGAAGUGGAAAUGUAUAAAAUGUUUCCCUCCCACGUACGUCAACUUUUAGCCAGAUGGACGGGAAGAUAGGCGGGAAUCAAAAAGUCAGGCCAACUGCCUCGUGGAAAUCAGUCGCUUCUUUAGAAAUGAACAGAUGCACGGCGCUUUAGUGGAGGAGAAGUCCACUGAAGAUGAGAUUAGUCAGCUGAAACCAAAAGACACAAACAACUGGUAAAGAGAAGGACGCAGUAAAGGCCUGGUGAUUGUGAGGAGAGCAGGAGAAAUGUUUGGAAGGACAAGGGCUCGCUGUGGCGCCUGUGUACAGAGGAUAGAUCUGCUAACCUUAUUGCCAUGUGUCCCAAAGCAAAGUGCUGGGGUAUCAAGUUGAAAUAUUUAGUAGCCUUUUUCCUCAUAAUCCAGGUCAUGUUUCACUCCGCAGUGCUGUACACUAGUGUGUGUGCCACAUGCUUACGGUGCUGUGUUUAUAUAUAGGCCGCAGCCAUGAUCGCACUCACGUCCGCUGGGUUACAACAAACUAUAUCCUUAUGCAGUAUGUAGCUCUCACCCGGCCUGCGCUUUCCAUUCAUGUGUCACUUGUAGUCCACGCAAAGCUUUAACAUGACAAACUGUACAUGUGGGUGCACAGUAUAUACAGUAUAUAUGGUUGUUCUCUGUGCAGGAGCAGAUUGUUUAGACUGUAGAUGAGCUACUUAAAGAGGAAUACCACUAAAUUUAAGAAUUUAUAUAUGUUAUUUUUGUGGUCUGGGAUAGUUGAAGCUAUAUUUGUGUACAGUGGAGUGGAGAGGUGUUAUAAAAAUGUAAAUCAAGAGACUAUUAAGGUGCCUGGUGAGACCGUCCUGAUGGUGUGAGCUCAACAUCCUGUUUCGCUCUCUGUAUCAGUCUGGACUCCUCGCCGCCCUAAACACUUGCCAGACACUAAAGUCCCACCAGGGCCAAUCAGGGACUUUGUAGUUGAUGACGUACAAUGCAGGCCACAGCUUCAGAACAGUAAUGGCGGGUCCCAAAGCAACAAACGCUAACUCUAAGGCUGCUCUCAGACCUAGAGUCGUCUCCUUUGGUCUGAAUCAGGGACUCAUUCCAACUCUUACGUUAGUAAACACAGCAAUAAGUGAAGCUAUUGCAGAAAUAGAGUCAACAACAACAAUUACACAAGAACAAGAGCAUGCGCUAGUGGAGUUUCUCAAAGGAAAAGACAUUCUCCACAUUCCUCCGACACCUUAAUGAAUUAAAUUCAACAGAAAAAUCCUCAACAAAGCAUUUGAAUGGCGUGAGAGCUAUGAGACGAAAUCUGUGUUUCUGUCAAAGGAGUCUGGUGACUGUGGACGGGGGCAGCAGCAAAACAUAAUUUAGCCGCAUUAAAAUAUCAGCACCUAAAACACAAUCAUCAGUUUAAGUGUACAAUAUGUUUAGAAUACUUUCACAGCUUCACCUCGCUGUCAGACAGCUCUCUAUAACGAGAAACUGACGCCACAACGUUAUGCUCUCCUCAAAGCCACCGGACUCCAUUGAUACAAACAAUCAUCACAUAAUCAGAACACAGGGAGUCUGUGGUCUUCUGCUGCCCCUCAGUCGGGCAGUUAGUUUGUGUUCUGCUGUUACUUUAAGAACGGACCUAACCUGUCCAGACUGGGAGCGUAAGAUCAAUAACACACAACCUUCAAUGACGCCUCAGUCACGAAGGAUGCUCAGUGGCGUCCUCCCCGCUGCUCGCCCUGCGCCUGCCCCAGGCCCAGCUGGUGCCUGCACAGUGCUGCUGUGCAACAGAGGGGAAGAGACUUAGCAGAGGAGCUGUAGACUGUGAUUAUUCUGUGCAGCAUGCAUGGGAAUAAAAUACAGUAUAUCUGAAUACAUUUCUUGCUUUUAACCUGAUGGUGUUAGAAAGAUGCAAAAUUUGUCAUAAGUCACGUUUUAGAAUUAAAACAAAUCUAGCCAGGAAGUCACCAAGUUGGGGACACCGUUCCCCAGGACAAACCCAGUGUUCAUAGUCGUUUCACCACUGACUGACUGAAGGAGUUUGUCUGUCAAGGCGAGUUUUCCCGUGUUUGGGGUGGUUCAAACUGAUACAGAGAGCGAAACAGACUUUUGAGUUCACAUCAUCAGGAUGGUCUUAUGAGGCUAAAUAUUAACUUGUGUAGAGGAAAGCCUGUAAAAAAAAUGAAUACAUGCAUUUAUACUUUUCCCCAGGCACCAAUACAUUCACCUUUGGAGCUGUUAACUUGCAUAAAAACUUAAGGCCUUUAAUGCAGAUGCUUACAGUUGCAACACAUAAUCAGACUAAGAGCUCAUAUGGAUCAUAUGGGCAUGUUUGCCCAUGCACCUGUCACAUAGACUUUCUGGUGUGCAAGAACUUCUUUGAAAUUGCAAGCCAGUGUAAAGGUUCAGAUCUCUUCAAGAAACGUGCAACACUAAGUUGCUGGAGUACCUGAAUAUGGUAGUUGUUGGUUAUGUAAUGCAGGAUCUCACCAACAGACACUGGAUUGGAGCUUUGUUUUCAUUUCAUGAUGUCUGUCUGCUCGCAGGAUAUAUUACCUCAGACGGGAUUUACAUUGGGCUUUGUUUAAAGGUCAGUGUGUGAACAUGGCAGGAAUCCAACAUGAAGUACAAUAUCUUGACAGCUGUGUAUCAUCGGUGGAGGUGUAUACACUGCACUAAACAACAGCUCACACACAAAGCUAUUUUAUGUUCGAUGGAUUUAAUUAAACUGGGAGUUCAGCAAUUUAGUGUUUGCAAUUUUUAAAACUCAAUUAAGCAUCCCCGAUUUAAUAAUAUGUUUGUGCAUGUCAAUAUAAUGAUCAUAAUAUUCAUUGUUGCCCAGGAAACUGCUACAAGUCUACGUAAAGGUGCAGUCAGCGUUUUUAAUCCAGUAGACCCUUUUAGGGCCAAUGUCAUGACGGCAUCAGUUUGUUAGCUGGAGGUGCAGCUGCCUCUCCCCCACAGGGCUGUAGGCUACAUAGGAGUCUUAAAAUGUGUUUGUCUUGUUGUGUUAUUGGAGCCAGAAUAGAAGGAGUCAUGGCUCCAAAGUAUUUCCUGUUGUAGGGAUGAAUAAGGUUAUGUGUAUUAAGGGUUAUCAUGUCCACCUCAUCAGAAACUGGGGAGGGAUUAAGAGGAAUAUUGGAUUUCUCUGGAACGCUAACUUUUUAGCACAUUAGCUAACGUUAGCUUCCAUAGCAAAACAAACAAGUGUGGUCCUCCUUUGUAAGAUUGGCUUCCUGUGACAUCAUCCAUCCACUGAGUGAGAGCAUACGGGUCGGCCAGUCUGGUCCCGUUGGUCAGUGUUUACUUAUUCAAGUAACACUGGCGGUCCCGGAGAGUGAGUGACCUGACAUGGUGCGUUGGUAAAUUCAGUCUGACGCUCUACACUAAAAUGAGAGCCCUGUUGGUGGAAGAAACGGAGCGUUAUAUUUCUACAUGAAUGAACCAACGGUUAAGUUAAUCACACAUUCACUCCGCUCGGCGCUCUGCUGCUCCGUCUCCACAGACAGAGUGCCCAGAGUGCGCUCUGCCACUCUGAGAGUGCGCUGCUCUGGAUAACCCAACGCUACAUUCAGACAGUGCUCUGAAUUUGUGUCAGACUGCGCUCCGACACUCAGAAUGAGUAUUCCUGAAUGCACCACUCACAUCAUCUUCCUCCAUUGUCUAAAUCAAGCCAACAGAACUUGCUAGCUAGCACUAGCUAAUGUCUGUGGAGAAUUGUCUUGCCUCCAGCUAAGCCCCGCCCACCAAAAAACAUCAUGCUGUUUACAAACAGUUAAAGGGUCCAUAUCAGCAAUCACUGUCCUGAAUCGCUGACUCCACCUUUAAAGCCACAGUGUGUUGUAACCUACCCUGUAUCGUUUAUCAGUGAGCGGGGGGUGUCCGUUGCACAUUUAUAAACAUU